GGGAGAAUUCGCAAGCUUCUCGGAACGAAUUCCUAUUCUCAUCGAAGCCCGCUGUCAACAUCCCACCUCUGCUCUCAUCAUGGCGGCCGCGGCCAAGGACAGACAGUUCCUUGCUGUCAUUGGAGAUGAAGACUCCGUAACUGGUCUCCUCCUUGCGGGCAUCGGCCAUGUCACCGAUGGUCCAGACGCCCAGCGAAAUUUUCUUGUGGUAGACUCUAAGACCGAAACCUCCACGAUUGAGAAAGCGUUCGAGAGCUUCACCCAGGAACGGAAGGAUAUUGCUGUGCUCCUUAUCAACCAACACGUCGCAGAACGUAUCCGCCAUAGCGUCGAUUCCUAUUCCGCAGCAUUUCCGGCCGUACUCGAGAUCCCAAGCAAAGACCACCCAUACGACCCUGAAAAGGACAGUGUAUUGAAGCGUGUGAGACGGUUGUUUGGAGAAUAGAUCGAAAGCGUCUGACUGCUUGUUCUUCGUUGUUAUUCUUGGGGCAAGGAUACUCAACAGCCAAGGUGGUAUAGCAUACUAUGGUCUAUCAUGUUUAGGAGAUGCUAUUCCUAGUACCUACUACUAGGAUGGCAACCUGGGAAUAACUGAGCUAC